AUGGUCAACAAGUAUAACAUCACGGUCCAAAACCAAUCUGGUUCCCAGCAGCAGUAUGUCCUUUUCAGCAAGCCUCCCAAGGUCACUGGCAGAGUCCAGGGCCAAAUUUGGUCCAACAUCUUUGCGACUGGGAACACCCCCAGAGGCUCCAGGACGAUAUUUUCAGUCCUCAGCCAGUACUAUGCUAUCGUUGCAACUUCCCAGGGCAGCCCUUCAAUGGGUGUUGAGGUCGACGUGAGCAGUGAAAGAGAUGUCAUCCUCGGUUCUCUCAAAGACGACGGAACCGCCGUCCCGGGCACCACUCUGCAGCUUAUAGUUGAUGAAGACGCACCGCAAUUCAGCGACAGUCCUCUUCCUAACAGUGCCUCCCCAAAUGCCUUUGAAAUCCAAACCGGCAAUGACUUUACCGUUGCACUAGCCAAGCAAGGAAACUACCUGAUCGGUCUUGGAGGCUCCAGGACUGGCGACGGUCAGGAUGGACCUUUGGCUACUUUCAUUCCCGAGCCAAGUGUACGAUACCAAAUUCAGCCUCUCAACACCUACUACCUAACCGUUGGCAGCUACCGCAAAGGAGAAAUCAUUGAUGCGAGCAAGAUUGGAGGCAGCAUCGUGGCUAUCGACUUCACCAAGUUGCGCUCUAACAACGUGGUCAUCGUUCACGAUGACCAUGGCAACCUCAAUAUCCAGGCCCAGUAA